CCACAACUGUACCGCAGUUGCUUCGUGAUCCCGGAGCGCCUGCGCCACACUUUCACACUGCACCAAUCUGGCAACUUUUACUCGGUCACAACUAACUCCUCCUCCCUCCUCCCACAAAGCACAAACAAACAACGAGCAAAAAGGCACAAACACAAUCGAUAAACUUCUUUACUUGGUGACGACAACGACUACAAAGCAAGCAAGAUGUCCAGCAACAACAAUGGAGGCCAGAGGCAGAGGAAUAACUCGGUGAAUCGGAGUCAGAACAGUCUGACGGGCAGUAUGGUGAGAGACAUCGUCGACAUUCGCUUGGGAAUGGAGCAAGAGGACAGUAGUACUUCGAGCAGAAGCUUGGAGGAUCCUAUUGUCGGCGUUGUUCUUACGGGUGCUGGAGUACCGGCAACACUCACUGGAUCAUCCAACGUGUUGACCAUGGCGGCGAAACCAGCCGCCACCAAGCCGAAUGCUUCUCCUACGAGUAGUGAUACCGUUACAGGUAGUGCCAAGGCAAAGGCAGGGGUAGGCGUCGGCGUUGGAGUAGGGGUGUUCCCUACUACUAGUGACGCCGCCAGCAAGACAGGGACGGAAGCUACCGGGACAGUGAACAAGGCAGGCGUAGGUGUUGGAGUAGGGAUUGUCCCUACCAGUGACGCCGCUGCCAAGACGACUUCAGGAAGUGAGGCUGCCGGUACGGUGAACAACAAGGCUGGGAGCGACCCUAAUGGCACGGUGGGCGUUGGCGUUUCUGUUCCCACAACGCGUCCUUCCGAUGCUAGCAGUGCCACGGCUGUGACUGCGGGCGUGGGAGCGUACAGUGUCUUGGGACCUACCGCUACGAACGAUCGUCUUUACACUGACGAUGACGAAGAGGCUGAUCUUGAAGCAGGAACUGGACAAGAGGCGGGAGGAGGAGAUGUCCUGAUCACUGCCGCCGAGGUGUACGAAGAAACCUCGGAAGAGUUCCGGCGCCGAGAAACCAUCAUGGAAGAAGAGAUCCGAAAUCGUAUCAUUGGUCAGUCCGUCGAGGCCCAAGUGUUGUCAUCUGGCGAGCUGGACGACAUGUCGAUUGGUUCCAGAAGAUCAUCACAAGGCACUGCUGCUGCUGCUGCCAAAGGCACCACCUCAUCGUCCAGUCACAAGGCACUCACCAUGGUCUUGUUGGUAGUCCUCUUGAUUGCCAUUGUCGUGGCUGUGGUGUUCGGAGUCAGCAUGUCUCGGAACGAUGAUAAUGACAGCAGCCCAGCAGUAGAGGCUACCCCCAUGAUCCCAGAGGCCACCACACCAGAGCCCACCACAGCCGUCCCCACUGUGGCACCCACACCGGCUCCUCAACUUGGAGACAACUGGCCUCCAUCCGACACUGUCGUGGCACAUGUCCCGGAAACCAUUUGUUUGGAACGAAUGCCCCUCUUUGGAGUCACUCGCCUCUGUGCCAACUCGUCCCAAGCAUUGGGCAGCGGUGUGACCAACCUCGUGGCACAAUCCCGACUCUGGAAUGUCCCGGAAGCCGACAUUUCCAUUCUCAAUGCUGCCGAAGUACGCACCGACAUGGCCGCCGGAAACUUUACCGUGGCCAUGGGACAAGCCUUGUUGCCCUAUAACAACACGCUUGUUGUCAUGCAAAUUCCAGGAUCCCAACUGGUCGCCGCCAUGGAACGAGCCUUGCAAAAGAUUGUCGAUGAUUACGCCCUUAUCGACGAAGGUCGUGUCUCCGGAGGAAGUUAUCCAUAUGGUGCCGGUAUUCGAUGGCACGUCAACAUGUCCGAGGCGUUCCCCAAGCGAUUGUCCAAUAUCCAAGUGCAAGAGCGACACACUCCGUCUGUCGCGACCGACCGCAGCAGUGGUGAUGAUGGUUGGGUCCCCUUGAAUGACACGCACGUCUACUCGGUUCUGACCAAUUCCUGGUUGGCCGAGGGUGGGGAUGGAUACAAUGAGUUUCAUCGAUUGGACCGAGCGCUCGUUCAAGAUACAGGUGUGGAUGCCCUGACCGCCUUUUUGGACUAUUGUCAGGACCAACGGGUGUUGCGGGAUCCGCCGGUGGAAUUGUAUUCCACGCAAUCAUACAUAAACGACCUCUACAAUUGGACUUGGACAUGGGAGUAAGGUCCAAAAAGGGCGUGACAGGUGUAGAUUCAGUUUAAGUCUUUACUCUUGUGUUUCAUUUGAGGCAAGUUGUAGAACCGACCAACCAACCGUACGGUAGAAUGAGGACUUUAUCCAUAGAACCACAGAAAACCCAAUCAAUUGGCAGGCGAUCACACGUAUUCCAACUUUCUUCACAAACCAGAUCUCUGUGAACCACACCAGCGGGGAAGGGAAAGUACAGUGCGGAAUGUUUUGGCCGUCGUUGCUGGUAUAUAUGUAUUGUGUUCUAUCUGUGGGAGCUCACAACGAACUGUGGAAUCGAAUCGAAUCGAAUCUGCUGAUGAAGGAGUUUACACUCUCUAGCUA